AUGAGCAAAUUCAAGCGCUACAACGCCGUGGCGUCUGAGUUUGACAACAUCGCCGAUUUUCUGAUCAUUUAUAUUGAAGAGGCGCAUGCAUCUGAUGGUUGGCGCUUCGAGUACAAUGUUCAGAUUGCCUCUCAUAAGUCACUGGAUGACCGCCGCAAGGCUGCAAUGAUAUUGGCUGAGAAGAAUCCAGUCUGCCCAAUCGUUGUGGACAAUAUUGCCAACACCGCCAACAUCCAAUAUGGCGGCUACUUUGAGCGACUGUACAUCAUCAAAGAUGGAGUUAUAGCAUAUGAGGGGGGAAGAGGUCCUGAGUUCUACAAUUUAGACGAAGUACAUCAGUGGUUGGCGUCAUACAGGGGCUCUACAGACAAACAUUGCUGA